AUGGUAACGUUGAGUGGAUUCAUAUUAAGUGGCGGAUUAGGCUUGGUUGCCAGAAGAUUACAACUCAGUAUCAUCGGUAGAGUCCCUACAGGUGGAUACAAACAAAUCACCGGAUACGCUGCCAGUGGUGCUAUUUUCAUGGGAUCCUAUUACUUCUUCAAUGGAGUAGUAGACAAUAAUAGACAGUUAUUGAAUAGAAGAUUGGACGUUUUAAGAGAACAAAGAGCCAAGCAAGAAUUGUUCAACGAGUUUACCCAAGCAGAAGAUCACAGAAUAACUGCCGAUAAAAGACAAGGUAGAUUUUUCUCAUUGUUUGAUAAAUACGGGGCCAAGUAUAAGUGA